CAGGCGUGCUGCCCCGAUCGCCGCCCGCCAUGGCCCGCGCUGCCCGGCUCCUCGCCGCGCUGGCCGCGCUCCUCGCCGCCGCCGCUACAGGCGAUGCCCGGCCCAGCAAAAUCGCUGUGGUUGGAGCCGGAAUUGGGGGUUCUGCCGUGGCCCAUUUCCUGCAACAGCACUUCGGCCCCAGGGUGCAGAUCGAUGUGUUCGAGAAGGCGACUGUGGGCGGCCGCCUGGCAACCAUCUCGGUCAACAAGCAGCACUACGAGAGUGGGGCCGCCUCCUUCCACUCCCUGAGCCUCCACAUGCAGCAAUUCGUCAAGCAGCUGGGGCUGCGGCACCGGCGCGAGGUGGGAGGCAGGAGUGCCAUCUUCAACGGGGAGAAUUUCGUGCUGGAGGAAACUGACUGGUACCUGCUGAACCUCUUCCGUCUCUGGUGGCACUAUGGCAUCAGCUUCCUGAGACUGCAGAUGUGGGUGGAGGAGGUCAUGGAGAAGUUCAUGAGGAUCUAUAAGUACCAGGCCCACGGUUAUGCCUUCUCGGGUGUGGAGGAACUGCUCUACUCGCUGGGGGAGUCCGCCUUCAUCAACAUGACCCAGCGCUCCGUGGCCGAGUCUCUGCUCCAGGUGGGCGUCACACAGCGCUUUAUCGAUGACGUCGUCUCCGCCGUCCUGCGGGCCAGCUAUGGCCAGUCAGCCGCCAUGCCCGCCUUUGCUGGAGCCAUGUCGCUAGCUGGGGCCCAAGGCAGCCUGUGGUCUGUGGAGGGAGGCAACAAGCUGGUUUGUUCCGGUCUGCUGAAGGUCACCAAGGCCAACGUGAUCUACGCCACGGUGACCUCUGUUUCCCUGCAGCAUACAGAAGGGAAACCCUUGUACCACGUAGAGUAUGAGAAUGAGGCGGGCACGGGCUCCGACUACUACGACAUAGUGGUCAUCGCCACCCCUCUGCACCUGGACAACAGCAGCACCAUCACCUUCGAAGGCUUCGACCCACCCAUUGAUGUUGUCCAGGGCUCUUUCCAGCCCACUGUCGUCUCCUUGGUCCACGGCUACCUCAACUCUUCCUACUUUGGCUUCCCCGACCCUAAGCUUUUCCCCUUCGCCAGCAUCCUUACCACAGAUUUCCCCAGCUUCUUCAGUGCUCUGGACAACAUCUGCCCUGUCAAUGUCUCGGCCAGCUUCCGCCGGAAGCAGCCUCAGGAGGCAGCCGUUUGGCGCGUCCAAUCCCCCCAGCCCCUCUUCCGGUCCCAGCUGAAGACCCUCUUCCGCUCCUAUUACUCGGUGCAGACAGCCGAGUGGCAGGCCCACCCCCUCCAUGGCUCCCACACCACCCUCCCACGGUUUGCACUGCACGACCAGCUCUUCCACCUCAACGCCCUGGAGUGGGCGGCCAGCUCCGUGGAGGUGACAGCUGUCGCUGCCAAGAAUGUGGCCCUGCUGGCUUACAACCGCUGGUACCAGGACCUAGAUAAGAUUGACCAAAAGGAUUUGAUGCACAAGGUGAAGACUGAACUGUGAGGGCUCCGGGAAGAGCAAGAAAUGUCCAGCCCCUACUGAAAAAGGGUGCCCCCAACCAACAGCGGCCGCGGUUGUACAAGCCGCACUCACCCACCGAGCCCUUCUCUGGCCCCUCGUGUAUGGAGCAUCCUUCUGACCUCUCAUGUGUGGAGCAUCUUUUCCCUUCAGUGUGGAUCCUGGUGACCCAGUCUCUGCCUCUCCAUAAGGAUUCUCACAGUGGUUGCUUCUUUCGAAGGGGGAGAGUGAGAGAAGGCAAGGACAUUCAAGCAUAUUCAUUUUAUUUAUUUUUUUUAAGAAGAAAUAAAAAUCCGUCUUAAGCUG